CGACCCUUUCCUUUUCCAAUUCGGAGUCUGAGCUUCUUACUCUGAAAUCUGUGUGGGUCUUGCGUUUCAUAAGGGAUUUCCAAUUGCACUCGCUUCGCUUAGAUCACUCUUAGUUUCUGCGUUAUAUCCGUCUCUUUCUGGGUUUUGCGCUUCAGAAUUGCAGCUAUGGGUUGCGAUUCUAAAAGAAGGCGUAGAGAGGAUGUGGGUGACACAACGAUUUCAUCAUCCAAGAAGCAAAAGCUGAUGCCGAUGACAGGUUUGGAGCAGACCCAAAAGCUUCUUUGUUGCGGGAUCUUGCAGGAGCUAAUUGAUCACCGUCAUGGCUCUGUGGCUGUUCGAAUCCCUGAUUCUCAGGAGGUUCGAAGGCCUAUGGAUCUGUCCACCGUCAAAUCCAAGUUGGAGAGAGACAACUACUCCAGUAUUGAUGCCUUUGUGGCCGAUGUCAAGCUUACCUUCCAAAACGCGUUAUGGUAUUACUCUCUUGGAGAAAAACAGCAUGCAAUGGCCAAGAAUCUUGGUCUGUGUCUCUUAUUAGUCCAUUAAGUCUUCAACAACUCAACAACAACAAAAGAGGAGGAGGGGCCAAGAGGUCAUCCAGAAACCUUGACGAAGAGAAGGGUUCUGCUUCUGCUAUCACUUGUGCAGUGGAUAAAGAUAAGGAACGCCGAAUCAAGCGCGGCCUUGACGAAGAGAAGGGUUCUGCUUCUGCUAUCACUUGUGCAGUCAAUAAAUAUAAGGAGCUCCGAAUCAAACGGCUAAGGGAACAGGCUCGUAAGGAAAUUUUGAGGGUUGAAGAGGCUGCUCGAUUGAAAGUCGAGAAUCCUUUACAAGAUCUUCAACAACUCAACUUGUUGUGCAGUGGUGGCAUCAAACAGGAUUCUUGUUACAGGGUGUAUCGUUGGUUGACACUUGACAAGUUGGGCAUCUAUUUGAAGAGGGAUGAACUUGAACAUGUUUAUGAAGAGGAUGAAUUUCGCAUUGGAGAUUGGGAAGAAGAUGGAGAACAGAGUCCACAAACAACGAAAUAUUACAUCCACAUAUGGUGGCAUAUCAUCAUCAUCAAGUACAUACUGCUACGUAGCAAAAUUUAUUCUAUGUACAAAAAUUCAUGUAAUCGUGACAGAAACUUUGACUGUUAUCAAAAUGAGAUUUCUGCUUUUUGCUCCCUUUGACUGUUAUCAAAAUGAGUGCUGAAAAUCUGUGUAUGAUCUGUUAAUCUUUCAAUUGCAUAUUUGGCUGGAUAUUCUUA